AUGUUCCUCAUAUACCUACCAACUUCUGCAACCAAUCAGGUUUCACUGGAUGUGUCAUACAUGACGGACAUGGGUGAUGUGAGUACUACGAUUGCAGCUAACAGUGACCUUGCGUUGCCAUUGGAUACCAAAGUCUCCUCCACCAUUCGAGUGCGCCCAGACCUAAACCACCACUGGUGCGAAGCCUUAAACCUAGUACUACCUGAUGUGUUGGAUGUCACACGAGAUGAAGAGGGGAUGA